UAUUUAUUACACACCAAAGUAUAAAACCACCCAGCCCAUCUGCAGUUCUCAUUUUCAGGGCUGGCAUUUGCCUGAGGAGACCACGGUGCCUGGAGCCCCCAUCAUCUUCCCAAGGAGGCUCCGGGGCUCUGGUGAAGAUCAUGCUUGCGAGGCAGCUCAUCUGUUGGCACCUGCUGGCUUUGUUUUUUCUCCCAUUUUGCCAGUGUCAAGAUGAAUACAUGGAGGUGAGCGGAAGAGCUAAUAAAGUGGUGGCGAGAAUAGUGCAGAGCCACCAGCAGACUGGCCGUAGCGGCUCCAGGAGGGAGAAAGUGAGAGAGCGGAGCCAUUCUAAAACUGGGACUGUGGAUAAUAACACUUCUACAGACCUAAGAGCUCUGAGACCAGAUGAGCUACCGCACCCAGAGGUGGAUGAUCUAGCCCAGAUCACCCCGUUCUGGGGCCAGUCUCCACCAACUGGAGGCCUGCCCCCAGACUGCAGCAAAUGCUGUCAUGGAGACUACGGCUUCCGUGGCUAUCAAGGACCCCCUGGACCUCCGGGCCCUCCAGGCAUUCCAGGAAACCAUGGAAACAAUGGAAAUAAUGGAGCCACUGGCCAUGAAGGGGCCAAAGGUGAGAAAGGAGACAAAGGUGACCUGGGUCCUCGAGGGGAACGGGGGCAGCAUGGCCCCAAAGGAGAGAAGGGCUACCCAGGGAUUCCUCCAGAGCUGCAGAUUGCAUUCAUGGCUUCUUUGGCAACUCACUUCAGCAAUCAGAACAGUGGAAUUAUCUUCAGCAGUGUUGAGACCAACAUUGGAAACUUUUUUGAUGUCAUGACUGGCAGAUUUGGGGCCCCUGUAUCAGGUGUAUAUUUCUUCACCUUCAGCAUGAUGAAGCACGAAGAUGUUGAGGAAGUGUAUGUAUACCUUAUGCACAAUGGAAACACAGUCUUCAGCAUGUACAGCUAUGAAACAAAGGGAAAGUCAGAUACAUCCAGUAACCAUGCAGUGCUGAAGCUCGCCAAGGGGGAUGAGGUUUGGCUGAGGAUGGGCAACGGUGCCCUACAUGGGGACCACCAGCGCUUCUCUACCUUUGCAGGCUUCCUGCUCUUUGAAACCAAGUAAACAGAUGAAUACAAUGGCUCCACUUUGAGGACUUGCAGCUGAGUUGGUUCUGCUAUAACUCAAGGCACAUAUCAUGUUAAGAGCUUGACAACCUGUAUUUACAAAAACAAUUAUUAGGUACACUGAUCAUGCUGCAAGUCCAUCAGUAAUGUUGGAUUACUCAGGGGCUCAGAUAAAUAAAUCACAAUAUUGUCUUCCCAGAUGGUCUUAACAAAUAUACCUAAUCCUUUGUCACUCUUCCCUAGGUAGCUAAAUUAGAACUGUUCCUUGAUGCAGGUUACAAUUAAUUGUUUCCAUCAAAGGCAUGACUUCAGGAAUGUUGGUGUUAUUUGUGAUGUCUGCUUUGAGGAGCCCCUGAAAUUUUGAGUUCAUUAUCCUUUAUAAUAUUGCAAAGAAUAAGAUGUAGCAGUUAUGUUGGGGCAGGGGCAAACAUAUGGGUGCUUACAGGACCCAGGCACUAGAAACACAUGCACAGCCUGGACUGGGAAGUAACAAUUUGAUCCAGUGGGUCAAUAUUCACAAAAUAAAGUGUUGUUCAUUUUUUAGUAGUUGAUUUUUAAAAAGUAAUUCCAAAUAGCUUUUAGAUAGUAAAAGUAUUUUUAAUGUUCAAAAUAAUUAGCUCAUUUUUGUAAAGAUAUAUCUGUGACUAAUUCUUGGAUUCUAAUGACUUCCACUUUUAGAAACAGAUUUUUCUCACAAUAUAGAAUUGGGUUUAUCAGAACUGAUUUAUCACAUCGAUUUUUUUUUUCAAUUACACUCCUUGAAUUAUAGCAGCUUUUUAUUGGUCCUGAGUUGCAGAACUGGGUAAAGUAAACUUAGAAUAUAAGACGUUAUAUUCUUUUCUAUUAAUUUGAAAAUUACUCCAAUGUAUUUAUGUUUUAUAAUAUUAUGUCACAUUGAAGGGACUGUCAUCUUCAUUGUAUGCUGCCAAAAAUAAUGCACAUAAAAUAUAUAAACAUUCCAUUUGAGAGACAUACAUGAAAAUAUCUUUACAUUGUAUUUAGUGAAAAAUUAUAUUAUUGCAGGAUUCUUCACAGAGAUGGGACACGAAGGCUUUUUUUUUGUAGGAAGUAGCUCUGUGCAUAGCAACAUGGACCCAGUAGUCUGGCAUCUAAAGACCAAGCAUCCAGCACUGUGGGUUCUUGCCCCUUAUAUACUUGUUGGGAUUCUGUCUCCCUUGGGCUGCCACAAACUACUAACAAACUACAGCCGGAUUGGAUACAGCCUAUGUUACAGAGCUGUGCUAGAACCACAUGUGUGUAUAUAGGAACUAAGUGUGCCAUGUUGACUUUCUUUAUUCUAACAAGGUCCACAUUCCUUAAGGGGGAAGCUCUGCCACAUUCUUUUAAUAGGACUUCCUGGAUUAUAAUCAUUCAGUGAUGUUCGCAGAGAAGUUUUGGAAUAACAGGUGUUUUAGGAGAUGCCAUUUGGCUUUUGCCUAACUUGCAUAGCAAAAUCUAUCUCCAAAGGAUUAAAUUUGCCACCAAAAG